GAUGGGUUUAGCAAGCGACAUUUGUAUUUUUAAACAAAAGAAAAGAAAAGAAUACAAUACAAACCCUCUCUCUCGCUCUCUCUCUCUCUUCGCUCGGAAAUUUCAGAAGAGUUCAUCAUCGAGCUUCACACACCUUUGAGGUUUUCCAACUUCGUUAGGGUUUGUCUCCUUAGUCAACUCCCAAACCACUUCAAGAGCUAUCCAGAAACUUUAAGUUGAAGAGGACCUGGAUAACAUGGGAUCAGCUGUAGUCCAGAAGAUAUGUGAAACACAUUGUUGGUAGAAAAAAAUAAUUUUCACUCUUCCAGUAGGAUGGCAACUGAGAGCCCUAUGAGAAUGAUGGAAAGCAGUGGACCUAGAAAUUGGUCCUCUUCGAAGGAUGCUGCAACAUUUGCACCACCACUGAAUAAUACUGCAGCAAAUGAGUUGGGAUUGCUUCUGAAGAGGCACAGAGUUUGCGGGGAUCAGAGCAACAUGGUACCAAAUCGAAGUGGUAGUGCACCUCCAAGUAUGGAGGGUUCAUUUGCAGCUUUUGGGAACCUUAUGGCUCAACAGAGCUCUAAUCUGAAUUCAAGCUUGGCAAGUUUUAGUAGUUCAACAGAAAAUUACGAGUCUGAGGAACAACUGCGUGCUGAUCCAGCCUAUUUUACCUAUUACUAUUCUAAUGUUAACUUGAAUCCAAGGCUUCCUCCACCUAUAAUCUCAGAGGAGAAUCGAUGCCUUGUAGGUCAAAUGGGUGGUUUUGGCAAUAAUUGGAGACUAACCUCCUUUGAUGACAGUGGCAAUGGAUCCCUGCACUUCGCUCGAGCUUCCCUUUCUACUCAUAACGAGGAGCCUGAAGAUGAUAGGCCACCCCAGCAAGCUUCGGAUAAUUGUUUGGAAAGUAUUAAUGCAUUCACGCCUGGAUAUCAUGCAGCUUCUUUGACAGCUCAUCAUAAAAGCUUGGUCGCUCUUAUACAGGAAGACUUUCCCCGCACCCCUUCUCCUGUGUACAAUCAGUCUCGUUCCUCAAGCCAUGUUACAACAGAGGAGCCCGUUGAUCAUGAUGUUCAAGCCAUUUCAUUGGAUAAUCUUUCUCUGAACGUUUCAAAGUUCUCAGACUCAAAAUCAGGCUCUGUCAAUGUUUAUGCGGAUGUGAAUACUGAAGCUGCAAAUGAUCAUGGGUUAACAUCCAAUGAUAAACCGUCAAUUACCUCUUUGCCAAAAAAAUCAUAUCCUGCCACAAUUGAGGGUUCACCACCCCAUCAAAGUGUUGAACUAAUCAAUAAGGAUGCUGGUUCUGGGGAGAAGGUGUGUGUUAGUGGUCCCACCAGGUCAGAUACUUUUUCUCUACAAGAACAGAAAUGUCAUGGGAAUAAUAUGCAACAGCAGCCUUUUUCCCGACGAGGUGCAAGUUAUCAAGUUCAUGGAGCUCAAGGCCAAGUGAUUUCUCAAGGAGUGAACCUCUCACACAGUGGCAUGGAAAAAGUUUCUCAUGGCCACCCAAAGUUUUCCUCAGCUGAGGUACAACCAGUUCUGCAACCUCCUGGACUCACACCUCCUUUAUAUGCAACGGCAGCAGCCUAUAUGUCUUCAGGGAAUCCAUUUUAUCCUGGUUUACAUCCAUCUGGCUUAUACCCUCCUCAAUACAGUGUGGGUGGUUAUGUUAUGAGCUCUGCAUUUCUUCCCCCAUUUAUAGCCGGAUAUCCAUCUGAUACUGGUAUACCUAUGCAAUAUGAUGCUGCAUCUGGUCAAAGCUUCAAUAGUCGAACUCCUGGUGUUUCAACAGGGGAAGGCAUUCCACAUACAGGUGAUUUACAACAUAUAAACAAGUUCUAUGGACAGCAUGGGUUGUUGCUGCAACCUCCUUUCCUGGACCCCCUUCAAAUGCAAUACUUCCAGCACCCUGCUGAGGAUGCAUAUGGUGCUUCAGGUCAAUAUGGUUGGUUGGCGUCAAUGGGUGUACCUGGGGACCAAGUUGGUUCUUUUGCUUCACAAAAGGAAGCAACUGUUGCUGCUUAUAGGGGUGAUCAGACAUUCCAUCCUUCAGCAACUGGAAGUCUGAACAUUCUUAGUCCAAGAAAAGGAGGAAUCACAGCUAGUAGUUACUAUGGAAGUCCACCAAGCAUGGGUGUCAUGACACAAUUUCCAGUUUCACCUCUAGGCAGUCCAUUGCUGCCAGCAUCUCCUGUGGCAGGAGCAAAUCAUCCAGGAAACAGAAAUGAAUUGAGAUUUUCUCAAGGUUCUAGUAGAAAUGUGGGAGUAUACUCUGGAUGGCAAGGACAAAGAGGAGGUGACUCCUUUAAUGACACUAAAAAACAUUCUUUUCUGGAAGAGCUAAAAUCCAGCAGUGGUCGUAAAAUUGACCUCCCUGAUAUUGCUGGGCGUAUUGUUGAACUCAGUGUUGAUCAACAUGGAAGUCGGUUUAUUCAGCAGAAGUUGGAAAACUGUGGGGUUGAAGAGAAGGCAUCUGUUUUCAAAGAAGUUCUUCCUCAUGCUUCAAAGUUAAUGACAGAUGUUUUUGGGAACUAUGUCAUUCAAAAGUUUUUUGAGCAUGGAACUUGCGAACAAAGGAAGGAACUUGCAGAUCAACUUUCAGGACAGAUGUUAACUUUAAGUUUGCAGAUGUAUGGAUGUCGUGUAAUUCAGAAGGCCCUCGAGGUUAUUGAACCUGACCAGAAAACACAGCUUGUGCAUGAGCUUGAUGGCCAUGUCAUGAGAUGUGUGAGAGAUCAAAAUGGAAAUCAUGUCAUACAAAAGUGCAUUGAAUGCAUUCCGACGGAGAAAAUUGGGUUUAUUAUUUCUGCCUUCCGGGGCCAAGUUGCUAAUCUUUCCACUCAUCCCUAUGGUUGCCGUGUUAUUCAGAGAGUUUUGGAGCAUUGUUCAGAUGAUUUGCAAAGUCAAUGCAUAGUUGAUGAAAUCCUGGACUCUGCUUAUGUUCUUGCUCAAGAACAAUAUGGAAAUUAUGUUACCCAGCAUGUUUUGGAAAGGGGAAAGGCUCAUGAAAGAAGCCAAAUCAUCAGCAAGUUGACUGGAAAAAUUGUACAAAUGAGUCAACAUAAAUAUGCAUCGAAUGUUAUUGAGAAGUGUUUGGAGCAUUGUGAUGCAGCUGAACGGGAACUCUUGAUUGAGGAGAUUCUUGGGCAGUCUGAAAACGAUAAUUUAUUGACAAUGAUGAAAGACCAGUUUGCAAAUUAUGUGGUCCAAAAGAUCCUCGACACAAGCAAUGAUACACAACGUGAACUUUUGCUAAAUCGAAUCAGGAUACAUCUUCAUGCUUUGAAGAAAUACACUUAUGGAAAACACAUAGUUGCUCGCUUUGAACAAUUAUCCGGUGAAGGUACUUAUAAUUUCUCUUUGAAGAAAAAAGAAUAAAGGCUGGGGGAAAAAAAAAAAGGAAGUAAACUGCUCAUUUUUGUUCCUAAACUUCAUUUUCUUCUUUAGAUUUAAAUUUGCUUUGGAAGCAAAAAGAACAGAAGCUAGAAAAGCAAAAAGAAAUAGAUGAACUGCUGAUUUUGCAUUUUAGAAGUAUUUUCAUGGUGCAUAAUCUUAAUGAUGCCAAAAGUAGGUCCUCAGUGUUUUCUACGCAGGCUUUCUUACUCCUAUGUGAUGCAGACAUAACUUAUGACUCAGAAGAAUAAUAACUAUGCAUAUAAGCCAGAGAAAUCUCCUUUCGUUAUUCCUAUUUUUCUAAGACCCACUCAAUGGGGCUCAAACUCUACUGCCUCAGCCACCUCAAUUGCCUUUCAUAUAAAUUCAUGUGGUAUGGAAUAUGUUCAAGAACUUCUAAAUCAAAUAAACAAUUUAUUAACCCUGUGUUUGGACUAAUGGGGAUUUUUAUUGUGAUUUAUGUGGCCUUUAGAGUUGCAUAUCAUUUAUAAAAAAAUGAGCCAUUGAUGUGAAUGGCCGCCAUCUUCAAAACUUGAUGUUGCAUCAUUGCUUGAGAACCAAACCAAUCUGCACGGACUUAUCUAUUUUUGGUGAUGGCACAAAUUACUAUUACUAAUACAACCCCAUUUUGUAUGGAGGAUUUCUGCAUUUAACUUGAAAUACAGUUGUGCUAAGUUUCUUACGACAGGAUAUGAAGAUAUGGACUUAACAUGAAUUGUGUGCAUGUAACUGUUUUUAUAAUCGGGCAUUGGCAUGCCUUGACCAUUACCAUGGUAUACUGUCCAUUUUUCCCUAACCAAAAUCACAGCUACUUAAUGAUUAUGAUAGCCUUAUUCCCCUAUCCUAUUUGUUUUUCAUGAUCCC